AUGUUAAAUUAUUUUUUAUUAUUUAUUAUUUUGUUUGGAUUAAAAGAUUGUUCGUUACAAUCUGAGAAGAAUAUUAGUAGUAUUCCCUAUAACAAACUUUUAACACAAAAAUUAUUUAAUAAAAAAAGUGAAAUUGAAGAAGAAGAAGAAGAAACCUUUUACGAUCCAAAGGAAAGUUUUUCAAAUUCCUUAGAAAUUUCUGAAGAAAAAGAAAAAGAAAUUGAGACUUUUAAGGAAAAACUUUCAAAUUUUUUAGAAAUUUCUGAAGAAGAAAAAGGAGGAGGAGAAGAAAUUGAAAAUGAGAAUGAUUUAUUAGAAUGUAAACCUUCAAUUUUAAAUAAACUAUUUUGUUUAUUUGUGCUUAUUUCACCUUGUUUUGCUUCAAAAUGUUUUGUUACUCCAAAAGGCCCUCCUUUAAAUUCUCUUUUAAAAAUUCAACAUAUUCACCGUGUAGAACAACCAUUUUUCAGUUUGUUUUUAUUUUUUUAA